GAGUAAAACACAACCCUAGAGCAAAGCAUUUUUGGUUUGGUUGUUAUUCUUUUUCUCCGCUACUGAGUUUGUGCGUUUUAACUCUCCUGUAUCUUCCUUCACCGCCGCACUUUCGCUGCAGUUCCAAUCGACUUUCCCCUUUCUAUCUAUCCAAUUUUCGUACCCACUGAUUCUCACCGAUCAGGUUUUUCCCUUCUCUCCGUUUAUCAAAACACGAAUCUCUCUUUUAUCGAUCCAAUUAUUCGUGCUUUGUUUAGACGCACGAGAAAACCCUAAUCUGACAAAUGGGGAAGAAGAAACCAUCGGUACGCGAUGACGAGAAUCCUCCGCAGCAAGGUGGUGGGAAAUCGAAGAAGAAGGCUCAAGUCAUCGACGAUGAUGAAUACUCCAUCGGAACUGAACUUUCAGAGGAGCCAUCCCUGCCGCAGCCAGAAGAAAAGCAGGGGAAGAAGAAAGGUAAAAAAGCCAACUCUAAAUUUUUACAAGCUAAAGAUAAUGGUGAUGAUUUUGAUGGCGAGGACGAAGAUGAUGUGCCUGAAAUUGUGUUUGCUGGGAAGAAAAAGGGGAAACCAAAGAAAAGUGGCGGUGGAAGUGUGUUUACUGCUGCGGCUGGUUUUAGUUUGCUUGGGGAUGAGGAGGAAGUUGAUAAUGAUGAUGAUGAACAGAAAUCAGAGUUAACUGGUGAUGGAGAUGGCGAUGAGGAUGAACCUGUUGUUAGCUUUACUGGGAAGAAGAAGUCUUCAAAAGGAAGCAAGAAGGGCGGUUCUUUGUUUUCAUCUGCUAAUUUUGAUGAGAUUGAUGGAGAGGAUGAGAGUAAGAAUGAAAAGGUAGAAGAGGAUGAUGAAGAUAUAGGACCAAUCACUUUCACUGGCAAGAAAAAGAAGUCAUCCAAGUCUUCGAAGAAGGCGGUUAGUUCAUUGAGUGCAGAUAUUCCGGAUGAAGAUAGUGUUUCUGUAUCCGAGUCUGCUAAGGGUGGCGAUGAUAAAGAUGAAGACGAUGUUUUUUUAGUUGAAUUUACUGGUAAAAAGAAGUCCUCUAAAAAGAAAAGUGGUAGUGCUGCUGCCAAAGUGAGUAAUGAAAUUGAGUUUGGGAAUGAAAGUGUAGAUGCUGUCGAGAGUGAGAAACCUAGUGCUGGAAUUAGUAGUACUAAUGUUGACAAUGGCAAUAUAAGUAAGAGUGAAGAGAUCGUUGGAACUUCCAAAAAUAAGAAGAAGAAUAAGAAAAAGAGUGGGAGAACUGCUCAAGAGGAGGAUGAUUUAGAUAAGAUUCUUGCAGAGCUUGGUGAAGCCCCUCCUACAGCAAAACCUUCUGCUCCUCCAAAGCAGGAUGAUAAAGUCCAGCCUGCUCCGGAAGUUGGUUCUGCCCCUGCUGCUUCAGGGGAAAAAGAGGGAGAAGAGGAGACUGUAGAAUCAGCUGCUGCAAAAAAGAAGAAAAAGAAGAAAGAAAAGGAAAAGGAGAAGAAGGCAGCUGCAGCCGCAGCCGGAAGUGCAACGGCAAUUGAAACUGCAGAAGUAAAGGCUGAGACAAUUGAACCCAAGAAAAAUGAUUUGAAGACCAAAGCAGCUGCGGACAAGAAAUUGCCAAAGCAUGUUAGGGAGAUGCAAGAAUUACUAGCUCGAAGAAAAGAGGCUGAAGAAAAACAGAAAAGAGAAGAGGAGGAGAAGCUAAGGAAAGAAGAAGAGGAGCGACAAAGGCUAGAGGAACUUGAGAGACAGGCUGAAGAGGCUAAACGUAGAAAGAAGGAAAAGGAAAAGGAAAAACUUCAGAAAAAGAAGCUAGAAGGUAAAUUGUUAACCGGUAAGCAGAAAGAAGAAGCCCGGCGAUUGGAGGCAAUGAGGAGGCAGAUUCUCAAUAGCACAGGGGGUGUGACUCUCCCUGCUGGGGACACUGGUGCACCAGCCAAGAAGCCCAUUUAUCAGACAAAGAAGGGGAAAUCAACUAGUCGAAAUUAUAAUGGUGCUGCUUCUGUCAAGGCAGAUGAAAGUAUUGAAGCAAAGGAAACUACCGCUGAUUUGGAUUCUGAGGAACCAAAGAAGGUUGAAGAAGUGGUGUCAGUGCAGAAGGAGGACAUCAUUGAACUUCCGGAAGCUGUUGUAGAGGAUAGAGUGGAAGAAGAUGAUGUUGAGGAUGAAUGGGAUGCUAGAAGCUGGGAUGAUGUCAAUCUGAAUGAUAAGGGUGCAUUUGCUGAUGAAGAAGUUGACUCUGAGCCUGAAUUGAUUGUCAAAAAAGAGAUUAAAACUGGCAUACCUGCUAAAAAUGCUGCAGGUGCUACAAGUAAAACUGUUUCGAAGCAUGUCGCUGAAGAAAUUGAAGAUAGAAAACAGGCCAAAAUUGGGGUUGAGGCCAAAAAGAAAAAACAGGACCAACAACAGUCUGCUGCGUCUUCUAAGCCGAGUGAUGCAAACCUCCGGUCACCGAUUUGCUGCAUCAUGGGUCAUGUGGACACUGGCAAAACCAAGCUUCUGGAUUGUAUUCGAGGCACCAAUGUUCAAGAAGGUGAGGCUGGCGGUAUCACCCAACAGAUUGGUGCAACAUACUUUCCUGCUGAGAACAUACGUGAUAGAACUAAGGAACUGAAAGCUGAUGCAACACUGAAAGUUCCAGGUCUACUGGUUAUUGAUACCCCAGGCCACGAAUCAUUCAAUAAUCUAAGGUCUCGGGGUUCAGGUCUAUGUGAUAUUGCAAUCUUGGUUGUUGACAUUAUGCAUGGCUUAGAGCCACAAACUAAAGAGUCACUCGACCUAUUAAAAAUGAGGAACACAGAAUUUAUUGUUGCAUUGAAUAAGGUUGAUAGGCUUUAUGGCUGGAAAACAUGUCGCAAUGCUCCAAUUCGUAAAGCAAUGUUGCAGCAGUCUAAGGAUGUUCAAAAUGAGUUCAAUAUGAGGCUCGAUCAGAUUGUUACCGAGUUCAAGGAACAGGGGCUAAAUACUGCAUUGUAUUAUAAAAACAAAGAAAUGGGAGAAACAUUCAGCAUUGUGCCUACAAGUGCAAUAAGCGGUGAAGGAAUCCCAGAUAUGUUAUUACUAUUGGUUCAGUGGACCCAAAAGACCAUGAUUGAGAAACUUACAUACAGUGAUGAAGUGCAGUGUACUGUUUUGGAAGUCAAGGUUAUUGAAGGCCAUGGAACUACUAUUGAUGUUGUUUUAGUUAAUGGUGUCCUUCAUGAAGGAGAUCAAAUAGUUGUAGCUGGAAUGCAGGGUCCAAUUGUUACCUCAAUUCGAGCUUUAUUGACACCUCAUCCAAUGAAGGAACUUCGUGUUAAGGGAUCAUAUAUCCAUCACAAAGAAAUCAAAGCUGCGAUGGGCAUCAAAAUCACUGCCCAGGGGCUUGAACAUGCUAUUGCUGGCGCUAGUUUAUAUGUGGUGAAGCCUGAUGAUGAUUUAGAACAUAUUAAAACAGCGGCCUUAGAAGACGUGGAGUCAGUCUUGAGCAGGAUUGAUAGGAGUGGUGAGGGUGUUUGUGUCCAGGCAUCUACCCUUGGCUCAUUGGAAGCAUUACUGGAGUUUUUGAAAACUCCAGCAGUGAAUAUUCCUGUUAGUGCUAUAAGCAUAGGCCCUGUACAUAAGAAGGAUGUGAUGAAAGCCAGUGUAAUGCUUGAAAAGAAACGAGAGUAUUCAACUAUAUUGGCAUUUGAUGUCAAAGUCACCCCUGAAGCUAGGGAACUUGCAGAUGAAUUGGGCGUUAAAAUAUUUAUUGCCGAUAUCAUUUAUCAUCUAUUUGAUCAAUUUAAGGCUUACAUGGAAAACAUUAAGGAGGAGAAAAAGAAAGAAUCGGCAGAUGAGGCAGUCUUCCCAUGUGUUCUAAAGAUCUUACCAAAUUGUGUUUUCAACAAGAAGGAUCCGAUUGUUUUGGGAGUUGAUAUCCUUGAAGGCAUUUUAAAGAUUGGAACUCCAAUUUGUAUUCCGUCCCAAGAUUUCAUUGACAUUGGACGCAUUGCCUCCAUUGAGAAUAACCACAAACCAGUUGAUUAUGCAAAGAAAGGGCAGAAAGUAGCCAUUAAGAUUGUUGGCAGCAAUUCUGAGGAACAGCAGAAAAUGUUUGGCAGACAUUUUGAGAUUGAUGAUGAACUUGUAAGCCAUAUUUCGCGGAGAUCUAUUGAUGUUCUCAAAUCUGAUUAUCGGGAUGAACUAAGUAAUGAAGAAUGGAAGCUGGUGGUGAAAUUGAAGAGUCUUUUCAAGAUACAAUGAGCAUUCAUUUCUUAUAAACAAUGUUUCAAAGAAAUGUUUGGUAUAAUGCCUAAUUUCAAGGGAUUUUGUGAGGAUGUUGCAGUUGGGUUCACCUUGUAGACCAAACUUUUGGGGCAAUAGUGAAGAUAGAAACCGGUUUAUAGAGGUAGAGUGACUCGUAAAAGAAACUUCUGUGCUCUUGCAGCUGGGAACCUGUGGCCAAAAGGGUAACUGUCAAGGACAAAAGGUCCAAAUUUUGUGAUUUACUAUACACAUCUGUGGUAUACAUGGAGAGCAAAUAAGAGUUUAAUUUGAAAUUAUUCAAUGAGAGAAAGGAAAUGUUCACGGGAGUAUUUGUCAUGUGACAAACAAAUUGUCCACUUUUGGUUUCCAUGGUGUACAAGUUUUCCGUUUGUUGUUGAUGCUAAGAGGUAUUUUCAUCUUUUGGUGUUCCAUCUCAAGUAUUUUGGAUGUGGGAAUCUUGAUAAAUUUUAUGGGUUAAAUUGAUAGAGCCUUUGAACUUU